GAGCUCACCCGCCUGCUCCAGGACAAGCUGCAGUACGAGAUGCGCCUGCAGUACACGAAACACUACUUCCCUAUCAACUACAUGGUCCAGGUCCAGUACGAAGAGGUGCUGAGGCCGUCCAACAUCACCCGCCUGCGCAACAGGACGGUGUCAGAAGUUCUGCGGUACCUCUGGUUCCACAUCAGCUCCCAGGCGGUGCUGCGGAUCCACGAGGUGCUGCCAGAGAAGCACCCAUCAUGGAAGUACACCCAGGAGCUGUGCCAGCUGUUUGAUGCCCUGGGCAAGGAGUACAGCAAGUACCGGCAGGUGGGGAGACCCCGGGGCCCCCCUG